UUGUGCGGAGAACUUCAGGGCAGUGAGACAAAAAACAAACUUUGCAGAACCCAGCUCCUGCAACCCAGCAAGGCGUUCGUCCGGGGGCAGUGGAGAAAGUCAUAAAAAGAGGCUAUCUUUAGCUCCCGUCAGAAUCAAAGAUGACACUUUGAGCACCACCUUACAGGACACAAAAGAGGGAAGCAUGUUUGUUAGGGUGUCAGUUUUCUCUCCUUGCCUCUUGAAACUGUGUGUUGGCUGGUUGCCCAAUGUGGUGCCGCAUGCAAAUGUUGACAGAACACAGCGAUGUUUGUUAAACCCGGCCUGGGGAAACCAGUGAUUAAAACUCUUGAAGGAAGAUCCGAAAACCCCAGGAACUCUCCUCAAUAGCAUUAGAACAUUGAUCGAAUGAAAGAGAAAGCUAUGAGUGGGCUAAAGUGAAACAUUCAGCGUCCCUGUCUGCUGUGCCUUCUCGUGACCCUGGAAACAGACGGGGGAUUAUUAUAAGUCACAAAGGAAAAUAAAUAACUUCAUCCAUGGAGGGAAAGAGACAGCUCGAGAAAAGGGACUUUGGAAAAAGGCUGUCUCUAGACAGCAGUCUUGUGGAAUACAUGGACUCCAAUAAAUACAUUGAGCAUCUGCUGACUCAGCUUGAGGAGCAACACAGGAGUCUCUGGAGGGAGAAGUUGGCAGUGGCCCGACUGCAGCGAGAAGUUGCCCAAAGAACAAGUGAGGGGGCCAUGCAUGAGAAGCUGAUACAUGAACUGGAAGAGGAGAGACACUUGCGUCUUCAGAGCGAGAAGCGGUUGCAGGAGGUGACCCUAGAGUCUGAGCGUAACAGAAUUCAGAUGCGUGGCUUGCAGCAGCAGUUCUCCAGGAUGGAAGAAACAGUACGAAAUCUAUUGCAGAGUCAAGGAUCUCCAGAGCAGAAAAAAGAAGACACCGUUAAUAUAAUGGUCUAUCAGGAAAAGCUGUCAGAGGAAGACAGAAAACAUAAGGAAGCUUUGGAAGAUCUUCACAUGGUGGUUGAUGAGGAUUCAAGGAGUGAAAGCAGCAGUACAGAUGAGGGAAAAGAAAAGACCAAAUUGCUAUUAGAGAGAUUGAAAGCUCUAGAGGCAGAGAAUUCAGCACUGGCUUUGGAGAAUGAAAAUCAAAGGGAACAAUAUGAGCGAUGUCUUGAUGAGGUAAGGGGGAAAGAGAGGCUUCUAAUCCCAGGCUGGACUAGUUAUGAUUCCUUUAAUCUGAUCUCAAUAUCAUUUUCUCCUCUGAAGAAAUGUAGUGAACAUGUAGCCAUUGAAAAGGAAGGAUGCCAGAAUGAGCUUAGUGUGCUUCUUCCACAGCACCGAGAUCAGAAAGCCCCAGAGGAUAUGGAAAUCCACGAGUUCAGAGGAUGGGAUCUAAGGGAGGAAUGUGUGAAGUUGAAAACAAGAGUGUUUGAUUUGGAACAGCAGAAUCGAACACUAAGCAUCCUAUUCCAACAGCGAGUCAGACCCACUUCUGAUCUGCUCCUCCAGAAACUUCACUCACGCCUCUUGGAUCUUUCAUCUGGAGAUUUGCUUUCAGAGGUGGAAAGAAGCCGAAGUCUGACACAGUCACGAACUGAUGCUGAGCUGCACGAACACCAACUGAAUACAAAAUCGGCCUUGAAAUGCCCUGGCUUGGGGGCUGUCAUCCCUGGUCACCUCUGUCCACGAAACAGCUACAGCAGCAGCAGCGAACUGUCUCUUUCAAGCACCUGCAGCGAGUACUCCAGUGGCUCCUCCUACACGUGGCACGAUGGGAAGAACCUCAGGAAAAGGCAAUCAUCACAAAACUGGGAUAAAAGGCUAAGUAUUGAUUCUUCGCUCCCAAGUGGCUUUGCUAGUCCUACAAAUGAACUACCUCCAACUCGUAUCAAGGAAAGCCACAUUUUGGAAGGGCUAAGAAAGCUACAGAAGCGAAAAGUGUUACUUGAACCCCCAUCAUUGAUAACCAAAUGGGGUUAUAAAGACUGCAUGAACUCGAAUGAAGGAAUAUAUUCUCCAGGAAUUAAAAGUAGCAGCCUCAAGGGGUAUCCCCCCUGCAAAGCAGCUGACCCGGGGAGCCCCUGCAAGGAGCCCCACAAGACAUUUGUUUAUGAUCUAGAUUCCCACGAUGAUGCAGACGAUGACUCCUCCACCUUAGCGUUGCUCCAAGCGGUUCCAAACCAGAGCUACAGGCCACAUGGCAGUAAAUUAACCCACAGUGUUUCUGAUAGUCUGUUUGGCUGGGAGAUGAAUAGAAAACACUUUCUGGAAGGCACACCCUCAGUUUAUCCCAGGGAAAGGCCUGAAAAGCUGACAAGUUGUGCCAGCAGCUGUCCUUCGGAGAGGAAGCUGUGCCCAAGUGUGCAGGUGCCUCAGGUACAGAGGGAACCACAAGGCCAAGGCCACGGCCGCCUGGCUCUCCACAUCCAGCUUUCAGACACUGAAGAUAAUGAAAUGCUCGAUGAGCUGCACAUAGAGAGCAGCGAUGAGAAAAGUCCUUCAGAUGUGUCAUUGGCUGCUGACACCGAUAAGUCCAUGGAGAACCUGGAUGUCCUUGUGGGGUUUGGAAAAUCUCUAUUUGAGUCUCCUGAUGAGGAGGAAAAACAAGUGCCCAUCCCUUCAGAGACUAGGCCAAAGACGUUUAGUUUCAUUAAGCAGCAAAGAGUUGUAAAAAGGACUUCCUCAGAAGAAUGUAUUACUGUGAUAUUUGAUGCGGAAGAUGGUGAGCCCAUUGAAUUUAGCUCUCACCAGACUGGAGUUGUCACUGUUACCAGAAAGGAAAUUUCCAUCAAUUCAGCUCCUACUGGACCCAAGGCAGAACAUACUGAACUUUUACCUCAGGGAAUUGCUUGUUUACAGCCAGGAGCUGCUGCAAGAGACUAUACUUUCUUAAAAAGGUCUGAAGAAGACACUGAGAAAAACAUUCCAAAAGAUCAUGUAGACAAUGUUUCCAGGGUGUCCACUGAAUCUUUCAGCUCCAGGACAGUGACACAAAGUUCUCAGCAGCAAAAGCUGGUCAAACCAACACACACUGUAUCAUGCCAGAGUCACUCCAGGUCUUCGGCCCCCGUGGGCAUCUAUCAAAAGCAAAAUCUGACAAAAAUACCUGCCAGGGGCAAGUCUUCACUUCAGAAAUCAAAAUUAAUGGAGCCCGAGGCCACCGCACUACUCCCCUCAUCUGGCCUGGUGACUCUUGAAAAACCACCAGCCUUAGCACCUGGGAAGCUCACACGGUUCAUGAAGACUGAGACCCCAGGGCCCCUCUUUGAAUUACGACCAGAUCCACACAUUCCAAAACAUCCCACCCAACUUCCGCACAGCUCCAGAAUGCCCAGCAGGAGGGACUGGGUCCAGUGCCCCAAGAGUCAGACUCCAGGGUCACGGUCAAGGCCUGACAUUGAGUCUAAUGACAGUGGAGAGCCCCCGACGAGGGACGAGCACUGUGGCUCUGGGCUCAAGGCAGGGGCGAAAUCCCCUUCUCCUCCGCCCCCUCCAGGCAGGUCCGUCUCCCUGCUGGCCAGACCCAGCUAUGACUAUUCACCAGCACCUUCAUCCACAAAGUCUGAAACCAAGCUCCCCAGUGAAAUAGCAAGGACCCCAUUCAAAUCCCCUCUGCUGAAAGGAACCUCUGCUCCAGUUAUUUCGUCUAAUCAGGCCACAACAGAAGUGCAGAGGAAGAAACCUUCUGUGGCUUUCAAAAAGCCUGUCUUCACUCACCCUAUGCCCUCCCCAGAAGCCGUAAUUCAAACCAGAUGCCCUGCUCAUGCCCCCUCCAGCUCCUUCACCGUAAUGGCCCUGGGGCCUCCAAAAGUCUCUCCAAAGAGAGGUGUCCCCAAAACCUCUCCUCGUCAAACACUUGGGACCCCACAGAUGGAUGCAGGAUUACAGACUCCCAGGAAUUCUCCUUCAACCCAUGAGCCACUGGAAAUAACAUCCUCCAAAAGUAUAUCUCCAGUGAGAAAAGGACAGUUGAAUGAUAGAGCCUCUACAUCCCCCAAGCCUUCCUUCUUAGGGGUAAAUGAGUCACCAUCAUCUCAGGUCAGCAGUCCCUCAUCGUCAUCAUCACCCUCCAAAAGCCAUAACAGCUCUCAUGGUUGUCAAAGUACUCAUGAGAAAGGACUGAAAACUCGCCUUCCAGUGGGUCUCAAAGUUCUCAUCAAGUCUCCCCAGCUGCUCAGGAAAAGUUCCACCGUGCCAGGGAAACACGAAAAGGACAGUUUAAAUGAGGCCUCCAAAAGUUCUGUGGCUGUGAACAAGUCUAAGCCAGGGAACUCCAAGAAUCCAGCAAGCGUGGAGACCACAGCAGGCGAAAGAAAUGUGACCAUGCCGGACUCACAGGCACAGGACAGUUUAGCUGAGGGGCUUCCCCUGGAAACAGCACUACAAGAGUCAUUGGAAAGUAGCAUCCCUGGGAGUGAUGGAAGGGACGGGGUAGAUAAUAGAUCCAUGAAAAGAUCCCUUUCCUCUAGCAAACCACACCUAAAACCAGCUCUAGGCAUGAAUGGUGCCAAGGCCCGUAGCCAGAGCUUCAGCACACACUCAGGAGACAAGCCUUCCACGCCCCCCAUGGAAGGGUCAGGCAAAGUCCGAACUCAGAUCAUUACCAAUACUGCUGAGAGAGGCAAUUCUCUUACCCGGCAAAACUCUUCCACAGAAAGCUCUCCCAACAAGGUCCCUUCUGCUCCCAUGUCGGAGAGCCUCCCCAGUGCUGGGAGGCCCUUGGGGCACCCCUCCUCCAGGCAGGGUUCCUUGGGGAGCUCCGGCAGCUCUACCAGUCAGCAUGGGAGCCCAAGUAAGUUGCCUUUGAGGGUCCUUCCAAAGGCCGAAGGACUCCUCACCCCACUUGGAAAGGAAGAUCAGCAGGCCUACGCCCAAGGAGAGUGCCCCAGUGUGGCUGUACUUGGGAAACCAGACGGUGAUUGCCACAGAUGCCCACCCACCCCAGCAGGCUUCCCUGAAGCCCUGCAGAGCCCAGGGAGGACUCAGCAUCCAAGUACUUUUGAAACAAGCAGUAUAUCCAAGCUAGAAACUUCUGGAAGGCAUCCAGAUGCCUCUGCAACCGUGACUGAUGCUGUGAAUUCAGAAGCCCCCCUCUCACCCACAAUCGAAGAAAAGGUCAUGUUGUGCAUUCAGGAAAAUGUGGAAAAGGGCCAAGUACAAAUAAAGCCCACCUUUGUGGAAGCGAAGCAGAAGCCUGGGCCUUCUUUUGCCAGCUGGUUUGGUUUUCGGAAGAGUAGACUUCCAGCUCUCAGUAGCAGGAAAAUGGAUGUCUCCAAAACCAAAGUGGAAAAGAAAGAUGCAAAAGUCUUGGGGUUUGGAAACAAGCAACUAAAAUCAGAAAGAAAAAAAGAGAAAAAGAAGCCUGAACUACAGUGUGAGAUAGAAAAUGAGCUUAUCAAGGACUCCAAGUCAGCAGAUAAUCCAGUCAGCGGUUUACAAAGCAAAAGUAAUCGGAAAACACCACAAGACAUUUACAGCCAACUGGAGUUUGAACCAAGGAAGAGACACAGCCCUGUUACAUGUUCAACAAAAGACACCUUCAUGACGGAACUCUUGAACAGAGUUGAUAAGAAAGCAGCUCCACAGACAGAAAGUGGAUCAAGUAAUGCUUCCUGCAGGAAUGUGUUAAAGGGCAGUUCUCAGGGUUCCUGUCUCACCGGCAGCUCUAUCAACACUCAAGGAAAUCACAAGAAAAACAUGAAAAUCAAAGCCGAUAUGGAAGUAUCAGAAGAUUCCCUGAUAAAAGAGGGAAAUGAAAACUUACAAGAGGAUGAAGAAGAUGCAGUUGCAGAGUCUGUAUUUCAGAGUCACAUCAUAGAAUCCAACUGCCAGAUGAGAACAUUGGACAGUGGGAUUGGAACCUUCCCACUCCCAGACUCGGGAAAUCGCUCGACAGGACGGUACCUAUGCCAGCCAGACUCCCCAGAGGACACUGAGCCUCUCUUGCCUCUCCAGUCAGCCUUUUCUGCAGCUUCUUCCAUGAGAGCCCAAACACUUGAACGUGAAGUGCCUUCCUCCACAGACGGCCAGCGCCCUGCAGAUAGUGCCAUUGUUCAUUCGGCAUCUGACCCCAUCAUGACUGCCAGAGGGAUGCGACCUCUUCAAAGCUGCCUUCCCAAACCAGCUUCCUCAGGAAAAGGCAGUACCCAAAAGCAGAAUGAAGCAGAGCCAAGGCCUCAGACAUGCUCACCAUUUGGAUAUGCUGAAGACCCAAUGGCAAGCCAACUUCUUCCAGACUGGGGGAGUGAAGAUACUGCCUCCGGGACCCAGGACAAGGUACCCAGAAUGUGUACAUACUCUGCCAGCGGUGGCAGUAAUAGUGACAGUGUCCCGGACUAUGGAGAUAAUGGUUUUGGAGCUGGAAGGGGACAGUUAGUGAAAGCACUGAAGAGCGCUGCCCCAGAAAUUGAAACAACUUGAAGAAACAAAAGACGAUCCUGAGAAUAGAUUAUCGAAAAUUUCCCUGGAGUCAUUCAAUAAAUUUAACAGCAAUACUGUGAUUUUAUUAGAAAAAGAAAAGAACUCUCUGAACAAGGUUGAAGGACGAAAGGAAGAAAAAGAAAAAAAUGAAGAGACAUCUUUGAGUAGUUCAGAUAGGCCUGGGGUAGACAACUUGGAGUCUUUGAGUGAUUCUUUAUAUGAUAGCUUCUCUUCCUGUGCCAGUCAAGGUUCAAAUGAUGUAUAAAGGACUUUUCUUCCCUUAGUGAGCUAGGACUGGAGAGCUUAAGAAAUGACGGGGGCGGGUGGGGGGUGAGCCACUCUGUAGAGAUGACAACAGUAUACUAUUGCAGUACCAGAGCCUUCAUUGUCAGAUUCACAGCAGGCAACCCACCAGAGCUUAUGCUCUGACAGGGCAAUAAAGAUAGACUCCAUUUACUGUGUUUCAAGAGGAUUAAGCAUAAACACACCUAUGAUACAGAAUCCUUAAUUUUGCACUUUUUUUGAAUAUUUGUACAGAAGUUGUAAAUAUUUUGGAAGAGAAAUUAUAUUUGUAGCAAAAAAGACAGCAAUAAAUGGAAUCAGUGCCAUGCUCUUGAAAUAAUAUGCUAAAUCUUAGAAGUUGAUGAUAAUAUAUAUUUUUUAAAAUCCCAACUUAAGUUUUUGUGAAGUUCAUUGUCCUAGUCCUCAAAAUUUUGUGGGUACACUCUGCAAACCUACAACAGGGCCUGCCAAAAAAAACAGAGGGUUCCUCUUCAUCUCCAUUUCAUAUCAAUUUGAUAGAAAUAUUCAUUUUUAGUGCAAUUUCAGAUUCGUUGCCAGAGAUUCAGGUGAUAGUAACAGGUGUAAUUCUGCUUCUGCUGAAAAUGAAAAGGGUCCUGAAGUGUGGACACUGGGAGUGUGGCAUUGUAUCAGAAAUGACCGAAUUCUAUUUCCAAUACCAAUUUUUUUCCAGACAUUUAUUUAGAUUGUCUUCUACUUAGUGCUUCUCUAUGAUCUUGAAUAUUAUUUGAUGUUUAUCUUUUUGCUCUUUUUAUUAAAAUCUGGGCACUCUUAAAAAAUGAAAGCAAAUUUCUAUUUGCAAUGCUCACUUUUUAAAAAUAAAAUUAUUGGUGCUACGAAGAAUUCUUUUUAAUAUCCUUUUUUCUACGAAGACUGUUUAUAUGUAAGGAUAAAUUCUAUUUUAAAGGUUAUGUGUAUUUUUUCUAGAUGUGAACUAUUUAUAAUUGCUUAUGUACAGGAGCUUGUAAACUAGGCACAAUAGAAAUAUUUUUAGGAGCUAUAUGGCUACUUUAGCACAUAAUUGUUUCUUUAAAAAGUAUUGUAUGAUCAGUGUUAUUUGGUUAAUUUGUGCAAUUUGUUAUAUUUUAUCUUAAAUGAAAAGUAUGUAAAAUAUCCUUGUCUUUCAGACUUUAAAAAUCCUUUUGUUUCCUUUCUGAAUAAAAGUUCUAUCACAAUUGCA